AUGUCGCCUGGCAUUCCCCCUACAGCUUUGCAACGAUGGACACCACCCCCUUAUGGCUGGACAAAAUGCAAUUAUUAUGCUUCGCAUCAUAUGACUAACCAGCAUUCAGGUCUGGGGUGGAUUUUACGAAAUUCACAAGGUGUUUUCUUAAAUGGUGGUAUGGACAAAUAUCAGGGUCGUUAUACUUCUGAAGAAGCUGAAUGUUCGGCACUUAUUUGGGCUUUACAAUCUACAUGGUUUUUAGGUUAUACAAAGGUGAUUUUCGAAGGUGAUAACAUUAACAUUGUGAAGCUACUCAACUGUGAUGCUGCUAAUCUCAGGUUACGACAUUACAUCCACACUAUUAAAAGCUGGAUAGCCAUGUUCUCAGCGCUCAAAUUCACUUACCGAAAUCGUCUUUCAAACCAAUGUGCUGACAAGCUUGCGAAACAGGAGGCUGUGUCUGAAUCUCACUGGAGUUUAUUUUAUUGUUGUCCAAACUUUCUGAUGUCUUUUGUAAACAAUGAUUCUUCCGUUCAAUAA